GCCUCAGUCCAGAUCGACGACUUCAUCGAGGAGACUAUGAGGCAGGCCUCGCAGCAGCUGUAUUACAUCUUGCUCCUCCUCUGCCGGCAGCACCCUCUGACGACGAUCGUGAACGCUGGCGAGAAUGAGGGCUUCCAAGCUUGGCGCAAGCUGGUCGAGUACUACGAACCGAACGACCGGCUGGCGCUGUUCGAGCGAGAGCUCCUCAGGUGCGAACAGAGGGGCGGCGAGGCCAUCGCGGCCUCCAUGAGGAUCGGCAUCGUCCUUCGGCAGCUCGAGGAAGGCCCUCUACGCCAUCACCUCUUUCUCAAUGCGACCAGGCUGGUGGAGUGGCGGGAUUUCCGACGUGAGGUCACCGAUAUCCGCCGUGCCCAGAGCGCCAUCGCACCGGUACCCUUGCCCAUGGAUCUGAGCGCGUUCACCGAGGGCGACGGCCAGGGUAAGUCCAGGGGCGACGGCAAAGGCAAGGGCAAGUCUGGCGGCAAGGGCAAGAGCAAGGGCGACAGCAAGGGCAAGUCCAAGUCCGACGGCAAUGGCAAGACCGGCAGCAAGCUGAGUCCGGCGAUGGCGAUAUCCGGCGCGAGCUCUCGGCAGGUCGCCGCGCUCUGCCUGAACGACGCGGGCGAGCAGGCCAGCUACCCGCUCGCGAAUCCCCACUCCCUCAUCAUCUACGGCCCGGGGCCGGACAAGGCGGACGCGGUCGACUCUGCGAUCGGCGCGGCCCUGGACCUGAACAUGAUCCACGGCAACUCGGAUGCGGAGGAGGUCGAGCUCAACGGCAUCUUGCGCGUGGGCAUCGACUCGUGUGCGGCGGCCUCGGUGCUGCCGCGCGGCUCGUGUGCGGACUACCCUGUGCACGAGGGUGGCCAGGCGAUCUCGUACAAGACUUCCUCCGGCCACUACGUGAACGACGAGGGCGAGAGGCCCCUAGCGGGGGCGAUGCCCGGGGCAUCCCUGGCACGCGCUGCCAAGUUCAGGGUGGCGGGCGCCAGCAAGCCGUUGCUGAGCGUCGCGGAGAUGGUCGACUCGGGCCAUCGGCUCGUCUUCGACUCGGAGGGCGGGCAGGACAUUAGCUACGCGCAUCACGAGACCAGCGGAGACGUCGUCCAGUUCUUCCGCAGAAACAAGGUCUACGAGAUGGACAUGCACGUUGACCCGUACGUGCCGGAGGUCUGCCCGGUCGAGGUGGCAGGCCACGAGCCCCCCGAGGGUGAAGCCGGCCAGCCAGGCGCGGCCCACGAGCAGGUCGCGGAGGGCCCGCCGGCGCGGCCGGCGAGGUGCUGCACGAGCCCUACAGGGCAUGGCGCCGGGGGCGCGUCUCUGGCAAGCAAGGGCCUGUCCGCAGGCCGUCAGACGAACGACCACCAAGAGUCGGCGCUCGCGGUGGUCGGCAUCGACUGCGGCUGCCUCGGUGAACGAGAGGACGCCACUCCGCUGCUGAUCGGGAGGGAUUCAAAGCAGCGUUGGUUCCACGCGUCGGCGGUUCCAUCCAAGGGGGCGCAGCAUCCCUGGCCGCAGAAGUCAUGGUCCAGCAGGCUGGCAUCGGCUGGCCACCAGCGCUUCGUCUUCCGCUCGGACGGCGAGGCGCCGCUCGUCGCCCUGCAGACCCGCAUCGGGGCCAAGCUCAAGCAGGGGCACGGCGUCGAGGCGGUGCCCGAGGAGAGCGCGGUCGGCGACUCCCAGGGCAACGGCCUUGCCGAGCACGCGGUGCGCGAGGUCAAGGCCAAGGUUAGGGCGGCGCGGGCGCAGGUGGACGACUUCCACGGCGUGAGCAUUGGCAUCGAGCACCCAGUGACCCCGUGGAUGGUCGAGUUCGCGGCCAUGUCCAUCAGCCUGGGCAGGCGGGGCGCGGGCGGCCGCGCGGCUUGGGAGCUUCGGCGCGGCCGCCCCUUCAACAAGGACCUGGCUUGCUUCUCGGAGAAGGUCCUGCACCUCCCAGGGGGCAAGCGCAAGGCCGGGAUCGAGGUCUACAUUGGCACGGAGUUGGGCGCGCUGCGCGCCAGGGCUUUCGAGCGGUUGACGGUCGAGCAGCGGGCUGACAAGGACCUGCUGAACAGCCUCGUGGGGAAGCCGCGGGCGCCGGUGCCGACGGACAUGGCGGUGGACGAAGUACCGGUGACCAUCGAGAUCCGAGCGCUGGUUCCCGCGCCGGUCGCGCCUGUGGGCGGACCUCUGGCGCCCAUCCCCGAGGCUGAGGACCUCCCGCCCCGGGCCCCCCGAGUCGGGCGGCCACCGGCAUGGCCGCGGGCCGUCUACAUCAGGAAGGACGUCGGGAUCGCGAAGUACGGGAUCCCCCCGGGCUGCUGCGGCUGCGCCGCGAUCCUCAACGGCGCCCGGGCGCAGGCCCACUCAGCAGGGCGCCGCGCUCGGAUCGAGCAGGCGAUGCAGGGCGACGAGGGGGCGAAGCAGAGGCUGGGUGCCCGUGAGCGGAAGCGGCAUCGCACUGACGUCGCCGGGCUCGUCUACCAAGAGGGCGGCUCGCCCGGCAGUGGCGGCCCAGCCCCAGUUCAGCAGGCGCCGCCAGCACAUGAGGCCGCGGCGGCGGCUGACGUGGCGACGGCUCCGGCGCCCCACGACCCAGGCGACGAAAACGUGCAGGAGGAGAUCAGUGCCCUCCUGCUCUCCCUCGGCUACAGCGGGCGCAAGGCCGACGCGAUGGAGGUCUUCUGCCAGAAUAGCCUUGUGGGCUCUGCCCCACUCGUCGGUCUGGUCCAUGGCGGCUCGUUCGACUUGAGGGUUGGCUGGGGCCUGGCCGACCGCCAGCAGCAGCGACAGUGCCGUGAGCUGAUCGAGCACUACGAAGACACGGAGAAGCAGCGUGAGGCCUAUGCCAUCGGGCACGAGCACUUGAGGUUCGUGAUUGGGCCCUACACGCUGCAGGUGAAGAACGACCGCGCGUUGUUGCACGAGCGCUCCUGGAGCGCGGACAGCAGGGGCCUGGACAUUGUGAAGGACGUGAUGGCUCUCUCCGGCGUCGAGGUCGGGCGGGGCGACCAGCGUGUGUUCGGCCUGGUGGUUGCGGACGCGCGCGGCGACAGGCUCGCCAAGAAGCCGACAAGAUGGAUGAGUAACAACAAGGAGGUGCUCACGCUUUCGGCCCUGGAUGCUGGGCCGAAAGUGGACGAUGAGGAGAUCAGCCUGAAGGGCUCCGUCGGGAGGUGGCGCGACACGCUGAGGACCGAGUUCUACGACGACCUCACCAGCCUACCACUGGACCCCACGCUGGUGAAGGCUGCGAGGCGCCUGGAGAUGGAUUUCAUGGCGCAGCUCGGCGCGCGGUUUUACGCGAGGGAGGAGGCGCAGAGCACUAUCGCCGGGGGCGACAUCGGCGCGGUGUUCGCGGCGACCCCGCCGCUGGUGUGCCUUCGGCUCAUCUGCAGCAUGGCGAUGUCGAGCGACCCGUCCGAGGGCCGCGUGCUGUGCUUCCUGGGCAUCUCGCGGGCACACCCGCACUGCGAGAUCAAGAGCACGGUCUGCAUCAAGCUUCCAGGAGAGGAUCCGAUGUCGCAGGAGAUCGGUACGUGUGGGCUCUUGCGGAUGGCGCUUUACGGGGCGCGCGACGCUGGCCAGAGUUUCGAGCUCACGACCGCCGAGACGGUCAUCGGUGCUGGCUGUGACCAGUCGGCCUUCUCACCUUGCGUGUACUGCCACAGGGGCCUGCAGGUGAGCUUCUUCCACCACGGCGAUGACUUCGCGCUCGAGGGAUCUCGGGGCGGGACGGAGUCGAUCUGCGAGUCUCUGAAGACGAAGUUCAUCGUGAAGGACGGGGGCGUGCUCGGGCCGGCGCCUACCGACGCGGAGGAGAUCACGCGGGGCGAGGCCAUCGAGUACGAGGCGGAUCCCUGGCACGCGCAGAUCUUGCACGCACAGCUCGGAAUGGACCCCCGUGCAACGAAGUCAUUGAGCACGCCAGGGCUGAGCCAGGAGCUGGCACCUGAGGUCGAGCGCGAGCUGAACGAGCACGAGGCGGCGGAGCACCGCAGCGCGUGCAUGAGGCUGGGCUACUUGGCGCUCGUCCGGCCAGAGGUGCAGUUCACGGCCAAGGAGUGCGCUCGCGGCAUGCAGAAGCCGACAGAGCGACGCCUCUGCCUCCUGAAGCGCGCGGGGCGCUUCUUGACCGGGGCGCCGCGGGCCAUCUGGAAGUGGGGCCGAUAG